UACCUGAGAACCACAAGCUACACAGAGCUUGGACUUAGAAACCUGGAGGUCAGCAUCCUUGGGAGGCUUGGGCUUAGUCCCCCAUCAGUGAAGACAUCUCAGAGCUAGACACUAGCAGUAAGGGGCUAGAUGCUGGGAGUAAGGCUUUAGGGUUGGAUCCCAGGGGAAAGGGAAAGAGGAAAAGCAAUAGAAAGCAGGGAGCCUAGAUGCCACUUCCUCUUAACUCCCAGGAGCCAGGCUAAACACUAAAAGUUCGGGACACUACUACAAAGUUAAUUCAUCAGGAACCACAGAGGUGGAAUAGGAAUUUAUACACCUGAAUCAGUCCCACAGUGUAUACUAUAUAAUAGUACCCUGCACUCCCCUCCCCAUCACUAUUUUUAGUCAUUUAAGAAUAUUGGGCUGUAGGACCUUCACGUGUAAGCUUCGCUACUCCAGAGUUCCAUGUGUUUAAUCUUAAACUACCCGAGUGGAGUUUACCCUCUGGUAGGUUUAUAAUCCCUGCCGUGGUGGUGCCCUCUCCUUGGAAGGGACCAGCACUUAAGAUGGUAUUAACGUAGAUCUGGCACAGCAGGGUACAGAGGAGUAAAGGCUGCAAAAGACGUGUUAUCGGAGCCAGGUGCAAACGGCUUUUGCACUAUUUAUUGUCUUCACCGUGAUAAAGGGGGCUAUUAAUGACAGGUUGUGUUUACUGACCGUGUACUUUGGGCGCCCCAUACCCUGUGCCGAAAUUAUCUGUCUCCCUCCUGGCCUUCCUCCUCUUCUCGGCUGGGGAGCCCAGGGCGGCGGCCUGGGGACCAGCACCACCGACCGUGUCAGAGAAGCCGCACGAGGCGGAGGUCGGGGGACUGCGGAAGCGCGUAGCAGUCCACAGCGUCUCGUACUAGCGACACUUCCGCCCGCACGAGUCCUUCCGGGGUGAGGGUCACCAUGGCAGCGGCCUUGGCCCGGCUCGGACUCCGCUCUGUCAAGCAGGUUCGGGUUCAAUUCUGCCCUUUCGAGAAGAACGUGGAGUCGACAAGGACCUUCCUCCAGGCCGUGAGCAGCGAGAAAGUUCGCUGCACCAACCUCAACUGCUCGGUGAUAGCGGACGUGAGACACGACGGCUCCGAGCCCUGCGUGGACGUGCUGUUCGGAGACGGGCAUCGCCUGAUUAUGCGCGGCGCGCACCUCACCGCCCAGGAAAUGCUCACUGCCUUCGCCUCCCACAUCCAGGCCAGGGCUGCGGCGGGAAGCGGGGACAAGCCGGGCGCCAGUACCGGGCGCUGACAGCGUGGAAGAGACCAACAAGCAGGUUUUCACCUAAGACUGCUAAGGACACAUCUAAGAGGAGCUUGACUUAAUUACUCAAAUCACUAUCUAGAAGACCACAGAACGCAAAAGAGAAAAGAAAGAGCCCUGUGACUACAAAUCCAACCAGUGUUUCUGGGACGAGACAAGAUGGGGAGGGGUCUGGACAAAUUUGAAUUUUAUUUCACUUUCUUACCAUCACUCACUGCUUAACCCUUUUGAAUUUGGCUUCUUCCAACACUACUCAAGGUACGUCUUACUCUUAUUAGAAAUGCUGUUAUCUCAGUCCUCAUUUUUCCAUUUCAGUAGCACCCGCCACUCUUAAUUCCCUCCCUUGUGUAACUUCUUUUCCACUCAGGUCCUUUUUCUUCUUUUAACCAUAAAGGCAUACUACUCUCCUUUCUCUUCUCUCUUUUAUUUUUGGGGCAUCUCAUAUUCUGUCAUGACUUGAACUACCCUCUUGGGUUAAAUGCUACAUUUCUGUUUGGCUCUAAUCUCAGAUUCUGUGCUAUAGUCAGGGUACUUACUACCAAUUUUCUCCAAAUUCCACCAACACUCUUUGUCUAACCCUAACCCGAUAAUCUUACAUACUCUCUAAAGUUGACCCUUGAACAAUGCAGGUUUGAAUUGCAGAGGUCCUUUUACAUGCCUGUUUUUCAAAUAAAUACAUAGUACAAGUACUACACGAUCUGUGGUUGUUUGAAUCUGCGGUUGUGGAACUGUGGGUGCUGACUGUAAAGUUAUCCCCCCAUUCUCAACUCUGUGGAGCGGUUGGGCCCCUAACGCCCAUCCCCACCCCCAUUGUUUAAGGGUCAUCUGUACUUGCCUCCUCCCCUGACUUCCUCAUUCCUUUAAAAGGCACUUCAUCUGCUCAGCCACUUGAGCUGGAAACCACAGCAUUAUCUCUGGUUCUGCCCGCUCCCUGAAUAUCCAGUCAGUAAGUUCAUAAUAUUCUGUCUUAAACAAAAGCUCCUGAAAUGUUCUCUACAUUUCCAUUCACUCUCCUGUAUUAUUGUUGCAUUCUCCCACCUGGUCUCCUUUUUGCUAACCAUUUUUGCUGCUGCUUACUUUUAUCUUUCCAAAGCAUAUCAUUGGUUUUAUUAUUACAACUUGUUUCAGAGAACAGUGCCUAAAGUCCUUUUUAGGCACCCUGCCUAAAGUUUUUCAUACUAGGUUACCACCCAUUAAUGUGGAUCAUGAAGUGAAUUUAGGGGGUCAAAUCAGCCUUUUAAAAACAAAUAGAAUAAAAAGUAUCAGUAGAUGGCACAUGGACUGGGAAGUAUUCUUUAAGAAACUUGUUUUAAGCGUAUCAUGAAUAUAGAUAUAGGUAUUAUAUAAAGUAUGUGUAUGUGUAUCUAUCUGCAUGUACUUGGUUGCAGUAUAGAAUUAUUUCUUACUGCAGGUUGUAGGAAAAAAUAGCCACUGGUUUAGAGAAAAACUUCAGAAUAUUCAGCUAGGCAAUCAAGAAUCUCUGGACACUGGCUGCUGUGUACUUCACCAAAUAUAUUUCCUCCUACCCCAUUACUGCUUCUCUCUUAAGAUGGUGAUAUCUUCAAAGGACUGGUUUUCCCCCCUCUCCCUUAAAGGAAAGAAAACUAUCAGGAGACAGUAUAGUGUAGUAAAAAGCCAGAAUGCCUGGGAUUGAAAUCCUAGGUUUUCCCUUAAGUAGCUAUGUAACUUUGGACACAUUACUUAGUCUCUCAGUGCCUGUUUCUUCAUUCGUAAAAUGGGGAUAAUAGUACCUACCUCAUAGAACUGUUGAGAGAUUAAAUGAAUUGAUAUCUGGGACUUCCCUGGUGGUCCAGUGGUUAAGACUCUGCUCUUCCACUGCAGGGGGCACGGGUUCAAUACCUGGUCAGAGAACUAAGAUCCCUGCAUGCAGCGUGGCCAAAGAUCAAUCAAUCAAUCAAUAAACUGAUAUCUGUAAACUGCCUAGAAUAUUGAGUGAGCACAGCAUAGCAUCUAAGAGGCUGUGUGUUAUAGGCCUCUUCAUUGACGAAAGCAUACAACCUAGAUUUGAGUUCUUCAGGUCCAUGGUUAACUGGCUAUUAUCCUUGGCCAGAUUAACUACUCAUCUGUAAAAACAGGGAUGGUUCAAACACUGCUGUAAACACGGAUUGAGUGCUGGCACUGUGCUUAUAGAUUUUGAACUUGAGGUUGGGGCUGUUUUCUCUGUGUCCCCCGCACCUUGCAUAGUGCCUGAUACAGAGUGUGCAAUAAACUUUUGUUGAAUUUA